UGUCGAACAGCCCCGUCGUUAUGCUAUGAGCAUACUAUGGCAUCAACAAAGAGACCUACGGAUGAUCAGGAUAAAGACCCAAUUUUUACCUAUAUAGGCCUACCUCAACAUGCAACCAAGCCUAUGGCUCAAUCAGGACCAAUAAAUUAUGCCCAGCAUAUGCUUAAACCAUUAAGUAGUGUGCAACAUUAUGACUCUUUUACUGGAGAGGAAAACAGUCCUUCACUCUUUACAAACCUAUGGAACCAAACAGAGAAAAGGACUACACCUACAAGUCUGGCCAGUACAUCACACAAUAGAAGUAAAAUAGCGUUUGUCUCUCCAUUCAGCAGACCCAACACCGAUAAUGUAGCUGCUGCUUCUUUUGAAAAAAAAACUUUUAAUAAUGCUGGUUUAAGCAUGUAUGACAAAAAAGCACCUCAUUACAAGUCAAUGAGUAACUUGGCAGAAGAGGAAAGUAAUAGAAGUAGUCAAAUGUCUAAUAAACCAAAUGACAAACUAGCCCAACAUAACAGAUCAACAAACAACUUAUUUCAAGAUGAAACAAUAAAAACUAGUGAGAUUCAAUAUGACCAAAUAGAUCAAACUGUGUCUCAUUAUAUUGAAAGCGAUAACAAAAUAAAGGAUACCAAAAAUCUCAAAGCGAUCAGAAAAACUGAAGAAAAUUUUAGGCAGUGUAGAUCAAAUAAGUCAAACGUAGAUCUACCUGAAAUAUUUUCAGGAAGGCUAAUAUCCUUGGAACCAAGUACAAAAAAAGAAGGGGGCAUUUUUAUUGGCAAAAUUUUUUUAACAAGCAAUGCUUCAUUUCAGUUUCUGAAUACACAGUUGACAUAUUUGGAAGAACUGGUAAAAGAUGAUCAUUGUGAAAUUAGACUUAUUAAUGAUAAAAUACUAGUAAAGCUGAAAUGGUCAGGAAAAAUUACAGCUAAAGAAGUCAAGGCUUUCAUUGAAAGAGCAUUGGAAAAAAUUAUUAAAUUUAUAUGUCUGUUUAAUGUUUUGAAAUUUAAAAUGAAAGGUUCUCAGUUAUCAGAUUUCAAAACAUUUAGUAAAGGUAAAAUGGCCAACAUUUUUGUAGACUACGAAACUAAUGAAGUUAUUGCUAUAAGUGCCAAAAGUUUAAAAGAUUUAGAAGCCCUGUUGAAGGAUUUGUGCCUUAGAUACCUCCAAGAAGACGUGGCUGAAACUAAUGUUGAAGUUUUUGAAACAUUCAGUUCACAGUACAAUGAAAAUAAAAGCAGAGAGAAAAGAGAUCAAGUACUGAAGACUAACAAGCCAGCUACAAUUAAAAGUGAAAUUCAAUAUUCUAAUGGAAAACAUCUUUUUUUAAGAAGAUUUUUAAUGAAAGAAUUCUAUGCAAACACAAAAAAGAAUCUGGAUGCAAACUUCAAACUGUUUCCUGAUAAGUGUGUAAUCAGUGGGACACAAGAAUCUAUUAAAAGAUUUGAAGAGUUUUUCAAUAAAAUAAUGAUGAAGAUAGAUGAAACAGAAGUUAAACUUAAGUUUUUUGGUAUUCAAGAAUUCCUCCAAAGCAAUGAAGGUCAAAACUUGUUAAAAAGUACAGAAAGUGGCAAUAGAUGUAUCAUCCAAUUAAAUUCUGAUGCAGAACCAGAUACACUACUGCAGCAAAAUACAUCUCAAGUUGCUGUCACCAAAACUGUGUCUCAAAAUGCAUGUGACUUUGGAGACAUAAAAGUUGAUGUCAUCGUUGGUGAAAUUAAUAUGGAAACUACUGAUGUAAUUGUUUCUAGUGUUACUAAACACUUGAAUUUACGUAUUGGAAUGCUGUCCAAUUGUAUUUUAAAAACCGCUGGUGAUAUCAUUCAAGCUGAAUUACAUUUAAGGUAUCCGAUGGGAAUUAAUUAUGGUGACUUUGCUACAUCUAGUGGAGGUAACUUGCCGUGCAAACAUAUUUUUCAUGCCUGUAUUCCAUAUGGCUACGGACGAAAUUCAGGAGAGAUGACUGGUUUAGUCAUAAAAAUGCUGGAAGAGGCUGACAACAUUAAAGCCCAGUCUAUUUCAAUACCAGCUUUGGGCACUGGAGCUUUAGGAUACCCAUUAGAUGCAUCUGCUAAUGAAAUCUUUGGGGGCAUUAGACAGUUUGCUCAAACCCAUAGACAGUCUCUAAUACAACGGGUCAAUAUUGUGAUAUUUCCACGUGAUACAGAAACUGCACAAAUCUUUAGAUCAAUUUUAUUUGAUAAGCAAGACAUUGGGGCUGAAAGUAAACACAGUGAAGUUCCAUUGACUGAUCCUAGUUAUCAAAGUGUUGAAAGUGUUGAAGUCCAAAAAAUAUCUCAAGAAGUAGACCUUAAGAUUUUUUCAGACAAUGCUCACAAAAGACAAUCAGCAGCAAAAAGUCUUCAGGAAGAAUGUCAGUCAGCAUUUAAGGAGGAAAAUAUCACAGAUAAAAAUUUACAUCGCCUCAAACCAGAUCAAAUCAAAAAGUUAGAAAAUAUUGGACUUCAACAUAGAAUCAAAGUUGGUAUUGAAGGUGAUCAGCUUAAUAUGCAAGGAUUUAAAUCUGAUGGAAUGUUACAAGUUCAGAAGACAAAGGAAAAAUUAAUUUUGGAAGCGGUGGGUCAGCAUCAUCAAUCACUUCUUAGUGUGAUUCCAUCAUCUAUAGAAUGGCAGUAUAAGCUUAAAGAUAUCUGGACUACCUUUAAACCUGUGAUUAACAGCGAGUUGGAAAAAGCCAAGAAGAAUAGCAUGUAUUUUGAAUAUACUGAGGAUUCUGGAACCAAAUAUAACUUUGAUUUGUUUGCUAUGAGAGUAGUUAUGCAUACAGGAAUAGGAAAAGCAACAUAUGAACUCCGACGUUAUGAUAAAAGAAAAGAAGGAGAAUCAUUGCCCAAUCAUUGGAGUGCCAUGACAGAGACAGAAAAUUUGAAGGUAGUUGUGAUCAAACCAGGUACUCUAGAAUUCAUUACUGUUGAGUUCCAUUUUAAACAGUCAGGAGGACGUCAUCAAAUUAAAAAGAUCGAGCGCAUUCAGAAUAAAAGCUUACACCAGCAAUAUGCGGCUAAGAAAAGAGAGAUGGAUUUGUAUAAUCCUCAAGGUCAUCAAAAUGAACAAAACCUUUUCCAUGGAACUUCUCCGCAACCUAUUCCUCAGAUUAAUGAAACUGGUUUUAAUAGAAGCUACUGUGGUGUCAAUGGUACGGUGUACGGUAAAGGUGUUUACUUCGCAGUAAAUGCAUCUUACUCUGAAAAAUAUGCCGUUCGAGAUGAACAAGGAAAUAAAUACAUGUACAGAGUGAAAGCUUUGACUGGAGAAUUUAUUGAAACAAAUCAAGAAACAAAAUACCUGCCUAAAAAACCAGGAAGUAACAGACCUUAUGACUCUGGUGGUAAUAGUAGCAGAGGAAUCUAUGUCAUAUUUCAUGAUGCUCAGGUUUAUCCUGAAUAUUUGAUUACAUUCUAAGGUUGAAAUAAUUAGCAAAAUAUUAACUGGUGUUGGAGAUCUUGUAUUCUGCAUGUACUUUGAUCUAAUACUUAUUUUUUAAACUUUUUAACUAUGGACUAGGACUAAUUUUUCUUUGGUGUUAAAAUACUUUUUAGCAAGACAUACCAACAUCCCCCCCUUUCGUACCAAAUGGAUUUAACAGUGUUGAUCUAAUCAACUUAGUAUUAUUUUUAUUAUCUUUUUAAUCAGGGAAUAAUGCAAUAACAAAAUUAGUUUGCAUGCGGCGUCAGAACGAGACAGCUGGAGGUCACUCACGAAGGCCGCGGGAUACACAUUUGAGACCAAAAGAAAAUCUUAAUCGACCACCUGCGGACAAUGGUUAUUCUUGCCCUGGAUGUGGCAAAAUAUGCAGGUCACAGCUGGGGCUGCGCAGCCACGCGAAAUCUGUAUUCCUCAUUAAUCUUCGGACUCGAAGACAAGCCUUAUUAUUAUUAUUAUUAUAUACACCUAUAUAACAUAAAUAACAAUUUAAUAUAAAUCUACCUUUUACCGGCUUUUAAGCUAUCCCACUUAAAUUUUUCAACAAGCCUUUCGUUUUCUAAAUUAUCUGGACUCUAUUUAUGUUCACCAAAGCCUGUUGUAUUUCUGGGGCACAUAAUAACUUUUCACAUCGGUUACAAACAUGUUUACAAUUAUCUGAAACCAAAAAUAAAGGAGGAGGUUUCAAUAGAUAUUAAAUAAAUGUCAACGUUUUUAAGAUGUCAUUUUCAUCAACAGUAUGUUUUUUUUUCUUUUGAGACGCUAGCAUCAAAAAGCACAUGUCAAUAACUGAAGUAAAACAAUUUGUAAACUAGUAUAACAAACCAAAACCUAAUAUUAAAAAAUAAAAUAAAUAAAUAUUAUUUGUCAUUAAAAAAGAAAGACAAAAUUGGCCAGUAUUCAGAUCCCACAGCAAUCACAAUUUUAGUGCAAUGCUCUAUCAACUUAGCUAUCUAGCCAUUCUACUGUGUGAGAAAUUUUAUCUUUUCUUACUUAUUGUUUGAAUGUCAUUCACUAUGUAUAUUGGCACUUCUAUAUUCACCCCACUUGUGUCUUUUAUUUAUUUUACAUAUCUAUUCAUGAAGAACGUUGGUUGUAAAAAAUACAUAUGCUCUACAUUUUACAACCUAUUUGAGAAAAACAGAAGAUACUGUUUAGGGUUACCAGCCACCUUUAUGCCCACAGGAUGACAAAGCCUUACAAAGGAAGACAAAAAAAAAAGAAACUUUAAAAUCUAUGUUCACAAUAAAAUGUAUGAAACAUAUAGCGUAUUAUUAAAUCAAAAGCUGUAAAACAUUUAAACAU